AUGUUGGUAGCGGCCAAAUUGCCGACACUUCUAAUGUUCCGAUCAGGUGCCGCCUCCACCGGAGUGCAACGUAAUACUCCACCUCGCGUGGAACCAGUGGUGAUUAACCUCGCCACACUGGUAGCAACCCCGAGCCCGAUCCUACCGAAUCUGAGUUCACAUACUAUCGAGAGUCCUCUCUCGAGUUUGGAUCAGAUCGGAAAAUCUCCCAACAACUGUGACCCCAUAGAGUCGGACUAUUCCUGUUCGACCUGCAUCUGCAACGCCGGCUCCCCCGCGAGCCAGCCCAAAUGA